CCACAAAGCGCGCAAGGAAGGGGAGCUCGCGUGAGCGCUCGGCGAAGGAGAGCGUAAGCCGCCAGGGGAAGCCGUGCGCUCGCGUCUGGUAGCCCGGAGGCGGGGAGAGAGAGAGAGAGAGAGAGAGAGAGAGAGAGAGAGGGGAAAGAGCCCAAGCUAAGAAAGCCGAGCAGAGCAGCGUCUCCCUCACAGGCUUCCCAGAGCCGCGCACGGACAGCAGCAGCGGCGGCGGGUCUCUUCCUCUCCAUCCGCCCAGCCGCUUAGACUGGAGGGAGCAGCAACACGUUGCUGUGGGCGCCGCUGCCAGCCAACUUGGCGCCGCUACCCGAGGCAACUUUGCGGGCGCCGGUGGGGCGGGAAGCCGCUCUUGUCUCAUUGUUCUUCUUCUGAAAUGCUUCGUUCGGUGGCCGCCGCAGCUCCGCCUCGGCUCCUUCGCCGGCGCAGCCGUGGGGCUUCUCUUCCUUCCCGGGCGCACGGAGCGCCUUGAUCGCGCGCGCGCCGGCGACCCACUCGUGUGUGCCAUCCGCUGGGAGCGGCGACGAUGGAGAGCUUGGCUCGCUGCUUCCCCCCGGGGAUCGCGCCCCGACGGCGGGCCAGCGGCUGAGGGCGAUCUUGGGAGGGUGCGAGCAAAACGCCCCCAGGCAACCGUCGCUGGGAAAGGCGGAGCGCCGGGUGGCUCUCCGUGCGCGGGUCCAGCAGGACCGUCUGCGCUUGCAGUCUCCAUUCGCGAUCGGGAUUGAUGCAACUUUUGAAGACCUGUCCCGAGAGGCUGCAGGAGGGGGUGGAAAAAAAACACACACGCCCCUCUCUCCUGGGCAAGGAGAUUUCUUUCUUUUAUUUUUCUGGGUGAGGUUGGGUUCUUCUCUGUCUCCAAAUCGUGGAUACGUUUCCUGAGGACAUGAGUCGAACUUGAAGCCUGUGCAAACGAAGGGACCGUAUGGUUUAUUAUCCAUUAUUCUCCGGAUCAUUUUUUUCAGGUCAGCUCAGGGCUGUUUUUCUAGACCCUUGUUCUCUUAUCGUGGCAAUGGUGCCCAUCUGAGCGUUGCUGGGACUGGAAAGGAGUCCUGGGUCCAGGUUAUGGGUGAAAUGGGUGUGACUGGCAGCUCCACCAGCUUGGGCAGUGGGUGUUACUAAAGGAGCACUGGAGGGCACUCAGCUCCUACCCUAAACCAUGCAGCUUGUCAAGACGACACCCCUUGUCUUGGCUUGGCUUCUAGGCGCCCUGUCUGCCUUUGCCCAUGGAGCAUCGCCCCAGGUGCCAGUGAAGGGAGAUGGCUUUGAUGUUGGCAGAAAGGGCAGGGAGUGUGGAUUGUGGUGCCAGGUGGCCACUCCACUGCCCUGGCGAGUGGUGGCACCCAGGACUAUGGGGGGCUUCCCUUUAGGGAGUGUUGCUCGGGCUUCCCUGCAGAAAGGGCAUUUAGCAAGAUCCAAGGCUACAGCUAGAGAUUUGGGGGACUGGGGUUCCUUGGAGAAUUAUGAUCGUGCCAGGGGCUGGACUGCAGCACAAACUGGCCAACAAAGAACUCACCCGCGGAAAGCCACACAGCAUUCCGAUGGCCCUUUGGAAGGAGGUGGCGAGAGCCAGCUGAAUAAAGACCUUUCUGUAGUCUUGGAGGUUGGGAGAUACUCUGAUCUCCCUGGGGCACAGGUACAGAAGAAGGAAAGCAGUAGAGACCCAGGAAGCAUUCGUUCCAAAAGGCAUGCAAGAAGCAAGAGGGGAGCUGGGCAGCCCCAGGACGGAGGGAGUUCAGGAGAAGUCAAGGCUCUCACGGAUAGUCUUGUAAGGAACUUCAGUGACUCAGUGGACAGCCAGAUGACUCCUUCUCCUGGGCCAGAAAAUGAUUUCCCCCAGGCGUUGCCUUUGAAUGGAUCCACAGCUGGCUCUUUCAGGAAUGGUACAUUCCGACCAGCCCGGGUCAAGAACCCUUUCUACCCGCUGACUGAGGAAUCAUAUGGUGCCUACGCAGUCAUGUGCCUGUCGAUAGUGAUCUUUGGCAUUGGGAUAAUGGGCAACAUGGCAGUGAUGUGCAUCGUGUGCCACAACUACUACAUGAGAAGCAUCUCCAACUCCUUGCUGGCCAACCUAGCCUUCUGGGAUUUUCUCAUCAUUUUUUUCUGCUUGCCUUUGGUAAUCUUUCAAGAGCUCACCAAAAAGUGGCUGCUGGACGAUUUCUCCUGCAAAAUUGUACCGUACAUCGAGGUAAGCACAGUGAAUGCAAUAACCUGUAAUCUCAUUUUUCCUGUUGCUCUUUGAUGUCCCAUAUUUGCUGACAGUUAGUUAAGAAUUAUCCCUCUCCUGGGAUGAGACUUCUUCCAGGAACGUUCUGUUCACUCCCAUCAGUUGUUCCUCAUAACCUAAUGGUUGGAUGUUGUCAUGUUCAUUUGGAGACGUGAAAUAUUUCUGCUUACUUAUUUAUUUGACUCAGGUGGUGCUUAGCGGCUUCAUAAUUCUUCCGCCCAGCUUUGACUAGUUCAGCGAGAGUAUUUAUGUUUUCAGUUGCUGUAGUCUGUUGACUUCAGUGAGAUCAGCACCUUGAUUGUAAGCUCAUGAUGUGAAUGUAAGUCGAUUGAAGUUGGCUCUGAUCCUCAUGCAUGGGGGCUUCCUUCUCUGCUGCAUGUAAGGGUUGCUACCUGCACUCGCUUAGGGCAUUUAGUAAGACAAGCUGUGUUUGGAAGAUGGGAUAACAAUUUUUGGACUGUGCACCCCCUGCAAUUUGAUUUCAAAAGCAGAUUCGAAGUGGUUCGAAUAAACCUUACUUGGAAAUAUAUGUUUUACAGCUUUAAGUUGAACUGACUCCCCACAUUUAGAUCGGUGUUUAAUAGGCUUAAAUCCAAAUAUUCCACUUUAAUUGAUGGACCGGGCUACCAAAACAAACCACACUGUUAAAGGAUGCCAGGCCUGCACUCACAAUAAAAAGAAAAUCAGGGUACAUCUAAUUCAAAUGCAUGCAUGUAUUCACAUGUGUGCAUCAACUAUAUAUGAAAGUACUUGAUGCCCAAGAAGCCACACAUAGUGUGGUGUGGGGAGAGAAGUUGCCUAUAACUCUUGCUCUUGCCAGAUUUACUGCAGAAGAUGAAAAAUAUUUUCAUUCUCGAGUUGGAAAGUAAUGGAUUGAAGGAUGUGGCUUGAUAGUCAGAAAACCAUCAAACUGAUGGAUGCAUUAUUAAUGUAACUGGUUAGUUCCAAAUCCCACGCUUCUGUCUUCUUUUCUUUAAAUGCCUCAGGUUCCACUUAAAUCCUUGCUUCUUGGCAAGAGCACAGAUACUCUGCCAGGCCUUCAGCCAUCUGGCCAGAAUCCUCCCACCAUUCAGGUUGUCUGUUUUAUUUAUUUACUGGGGUGUGCGCACACACACCACACACACACACUAAAGCUGGCUGAUAGUGCUAUAGAGUAAUUCUGGCAGGCUAUACUACUCUGUGUGUGAGAGAAAGACAAUAUCCAUUUAACUAACAGCAGUGGGGUAAGGGAAGAUAAAAAAUACCCACACUUCUCAUUAUAUUUUAAGAAGGAGGUCCUGUUUGUUAAGCAUGAAACUAUUCAUUGAAUUGUAUUUAAAUCUGACUGGCAUGGGGAUGGAAGAGUGGGUGUGAACUUUUUCUCUUUCUUCCCAAUCCUGUUGUACUGGGAGGUGCACCGGCAUGAAAAUGCAUUGCCCAACACCUUGUAACUGUCAACAGCUUUGAUUUGUGACGUAUAAAUGCUCUCCUUUAGGGUAUAGCCCUAAACUGCAUCACUCCUCAUACAACACAGCUGUAUUGAAUAAAUGUAUCCCUUUUCACUGUGGAACCAGAGCUGUUUAUAAAGUUAGAUGUCCCAAUAACAACUGCCAGUGUUCCUUUACUGUAGGUCUAGUCAUUGUCAGGCAAUCGUCAAUGAAAUCCAUAUCUGGAUUUUAACUGUGUAGUUGCUACGUUUGGUUUUGUUGUGGUUUCUUCAUCGUAAGCCAAUUCUGGGAGGAUCUGUGAUCCUGAAAAGCAGUAUAGAGAUUGUUUAAAUAAGUGGCAUGAAAUUGUAAACCUGCAACGAUGUGGGCGAACUCUCCCCUGUUCCUUACAAGGUCAGUGUUUUGCUUUUUAUAUUUUAAAGGUGCGUUUAUCUUAAGAUUGUAAGAUAUGGAUGGGGGAACCUGUAGCCCUUCAGAUGUUAUUGAAUUCCAGCUCCCAUCAACCCAGCCAACAAGACCAAUGGUGAAGGAUGAUGGGAGCUGUAGCUGAGCAGUGUCUGGAGAGUUGCAAGUUUUCCAUCUCUAAGAAAAGUCCCAAUGGAUCAUGCUGAGGACUCAUAUCAUAUCAUCCUGUUUCCAACCAUGUCCAACCAAUUAUUUCCAGGAAACCAAUGGAUAUGAAGCCAACUGUGUAUGUUGGAUGACAAGUACCUUAUUUACCUGUCCUGACCCUACUGCCAAUAAAUAUUUAUUGGAUGAUUGACAUUACAGAAGAGAGUAAACUAUCUUUUCCCAUUCACUUCCUCUGUAUCAUUCUUAAUUACAACAUAAUCCCUCUUUGUCCUCUGUUUUUCUAAAGCUGGUUUGGGGGGAAACCCCAUGCUAAAGCAGAACUGGGCUUACUGUGCCCCAUUUAGGUAUUAGAACAGGCUUCCUCAACCUCGGCCCUCCAGAUGUUUUGAGACUACAAUUCCCAUCAUCCCUGACCACUGGUCCUGAUAGCUAGGGAUCAUGGGAGUUGUAGUCCCAAAGCAGCUGGAGGGGCGAGGUUGAGGAAGCCUGUAUUGGAGUUUCCCCAUGAAUCUGGUAUACUUGGAGCAGUGUUUCUGAGCCACCUGAUUUAAGAGACUGUCUGAUGUUAUAAGUGAAUAGAGGCUGGGCAAAUUGCCAGCUUUGACCCUCUUAAGUAAGCGAGGUUCCCAUCCUGCUUUGUGGGAGAGAUAGGUGCUCAUUCAGAGAAAACUCCCAUGAAUGACCUACGUUCUAUAGCCUCCAGAGUGUACAAAGGCAGUAACCUAGCGCACUGUUGCUCAACCCAUGCUCAUGUUGCUGCAUGCUCCUGUGCUGGUGAAGCAAUUGGGUUAUCGCUGGCAAUUUAACUGUUGAGCCAAGCACUUCUCACCCUGCUGUGUUAAAAGAGUUGUUCUCUGAAGUCCAACCCGUAUUUCGUCUUUGAGGUAUGAUUGCCAUUUCUCCCUUCUGGCUAGUUCCCAUGUCAUCAGUAAUAUAUGGAUAUUUUUAUCAUGUAGGUAGGCUCAGUCACCUGAAUGCUUCCUACCCAAGCAUCACCGGUGGCCUUGAAGGAAGAAGAAGGCUGGUAGGCACCAUCACCUGAACUCUCAUCUUAUCUAUAUGCUCAAAAGAUCCAUUCAUGGGUGCUGGCUGAAAGGGAGAAGCUUUGUGGUGAGAACCACACUCAAAUCUUUGUAUCAGUCAGCCUGAAUCAGUUCUUAUUAAGGAGUAGACUGCUAAAAUACAGUCAUGCAAUGUUUUUGAAGGUCUAAACAAAGAUUUAUGAAGAGUUUAACCAAGCUUGCCCCAACCUUUGCAGUAUUCAUGCCAAAUAAAUUAUGGAUUUCAUGUUCGUUUCAUGCCACAAAAUCAUGAAGAUUUAUUAAGGCCUUGGGCUUCUGGCAUGUUUCCAGUAUGAAUCUCUAAGCUCCACCUGGGACAAGUUGUUAGGGAUAUUUGGGUGUGGUCUAUUCUGGUGAAUUAGUUUCGUCAAGUCUCUGGACCAUAAACAAAAGCAUUUUGCUGUGAGAGGAAUUCUCUUUAAAGACUUAAAAUCCAAUUUUAUGUUAAUUUGCCUUUAGCUAAUAAAAAAACCACACACAAUGGAAAGCAGCUAUUUAAUUUCUAGUGUUUUCUCCUGAAUUUAUUCCCAAACUUUAAUUUACUAUGGAAACAGUAUUAUUCAUAUGCUGCAUUUGCAUUUUUCAUUUGAAAUCUUUUUUGUUAGUGGUGUAAUAGGAAGUCUGCUUAAAAACAAAACAACUGAAAAUUGUAUACAGUUUAAAUUGUGUAUACCAAGUAAAAUGACCAUGCAGUUUGGAAAAUGUAUUGUUUAUGUUCUUCAGACAGUUUGCAUAUAUUGUAAAUUAGUAAGAGACUGCAAGAAAUUGCUUCUCAUAGCUGCAGCCUUGAUGCAUUUUCUAUGGAGGUGUGCCCUUGAUUUCUUUGGGAGUAUUCCUGUGGAAUGAAACUUGCAGCCUUAAAUAGAACCAAAAAAUAACAACAACAUGUAACAUUUAAGCUGCAGUCAAUUGCUGUAGAGUAGAUCCAGGGAAGAAUUCAUAUAAUAAUAAUAAUAAUAAUAAUAAUAAUAAUAAAUUUUAUUUAUAUCCCGCUCUCCCCAGCCGAAGCCGGGCUCAGAGCGGCUAACAUCAAAUGUAUAACACAUUAACAUAAAAUCAGACAAUCAAUUAAAAUAUAUCCUCAAAUCAGAUCAGGAUCAGAAUAAAAUCCAAUCAGAUGGCAACCCGCAGAUUAGGGUUGGGGAUCUUAAAUGCUCACCAGGCCCAACUGUUUGUGCUGAACUUAUAUUGGCCUGUGAGAAAAAUAUAGAUUGCAAACAGGUACAAAUGGUUGUGACAUGUUCUCACUCUAAAGGUAUUAUGCUAUUCUGAUCGUGUUUGGUAAGGUAGUUAUUUACAGGCCACUUCCACUGAUAAAGGCCCCUUGGCUCACACUCACACAAACUUAAGUGAUCUAUAAAUGACUCCUUUGGUGAGAGUUUUAUUGAUGCUGAAUACAUAACAGUACUUGUUAAGAGACAAAUCUCCUAGUAGGUGGAUCAGAUUAUGAGCCUGCAAGUUAACCAACCAAUUGCACCAUAAGCAGGUGUAUUUUACUUAGGGGGGUCUUCACUAAUCCAAAUUAACAAUACUGCGUUUUCCCCAGUGCAGCCAUUUGUGUUUUAAUUACCCAUCAGUACAUCUGAGUAGGCGCUAAUUAUGCAGAAAAUUAGUAAUGAAAACAUGCAAAAAAAGUACAAAAUUUUAUAUAUCUUUCCGCGCUAUAUAUUGUUAAAAUGUUCUUUGCAAUUGCCGGCAACUCCCAAUUUACACGGGGUUUACAUUGCAAGGGACCACAUUUUUAUGGGAAAGCGUGUAUAUUUGAAACGCCACUGAAAAAGCCUGCAGACACCCCAUUCUGCCCUCACCUUGCCCCCUCUGUCUUCUGCCCCUUUUAUGACAUUUUGGGGUCACUUCCAGGUUUGGUGGGAUGCACAUAUCGGAAGCACCUAAAACGGUCGCUGCCUGUAUUGUUUUCUGAAUCCGCAUUUUAAAAUUUAAAGUAUAGACUGCCUUUGCGAGUUAAGUGUUUUACCUCUGUGUAAAGUACACUCUCGGCUUGGUCACAUGGAAAAUUUAAUUGAUAGUAGAAGAAGUAAUCAAAAAUGUCCUAUCUAUAUUAAACUCUUUCCCCACCUUCCCUUUGAUUUUGUAAUACAGUGGUACCUCGGGUUACAGAUGCUUCAGGUUACAGACGCUUCAGGUUACAGACUCCGCUAACCCAGAAAUAGUACCUCGGAUUAAGAACUUUGCUUCAGGAUGAGAACAGAAAUUGUGCAGCGGCAGGCCCCAUUAGCUAAAGUGGUAUCUCAGGUUAAGAACAGUUUCAGGUUAAGAACAGACCUCCAGAACAAAUUAAGUUGUUAACCUGAGGUACCACUGUACAUAGGGACGCACAGGUGGCGCUGUGGGUUAAACCACAAAGCCUAGGACUUACUGAUCGGAAGGUCGGCGGUUCGAAUCCCCACGACGGGGUGAGCUCCCGUUGCUCAGUCCCUGCUCCUGCCAAACUAGCAGUUCAAAAGCACUUCAAAGUAAGGUAGGUAAGGGAAGGUAAACGGCGUUUCCACGCGCUGCUCUGGUUUGCCAGAAGCGGCUUAGUCAUGCUGGCCACAUGACUCGGAAGCUGUACGCUGGCUCCCUCAGCCAAUAAAGCAAGAUGAGCGCCGCAACCCCAGAGUUGGUCACGACUGGACCUAAUGGUCAGGGGUCCCUUUACCUUUACCACUGUACAUUCCUUAUUAUCUUUUCAGGGCUCCUCAAUGUCCCUAUGCCACAUGAACAAAUGCACAUGGUGUACGAUGCAUUUUGAGGGAUUAUUCACAUGCUUUUUGUGUCUGGAGGGUGUGGUCAUUCCCUCUGUGAUAUGCAGAGAUAUUGAGAACUAUGACCUGGGGGACUUGGAGUGGAUGGCGGAAGACUCUGAGAAGGCUAAGGGUCAGGCUGCUUUUUUUCAUGUGGAGACAGACCAGUAUCUUAUUGAGAGCCCUGCUGGUCAAAUGACACGGGCCUGCCACCUUCCUCUAGCUUAGUGGUGAGUCCCCUUCCAUGCCUGUCUCCCUAGCUGCACAGAAAUUUAAGCAAAGGUGAGGCACCUUCGGUUAACUAACCAGCUCUUCCAGAGAGGUGGAGCCUACGACACUCCAGAGGAGGGCAAGAUCAGCUUGUACAUCCCAUUGCCCCAUUAUAAGAUAAGGGCUAGAACUGCUUGGAUAGGGCCAAAUGGAUUUGUGAAAGUGGGUUUUGAGAAGAGAAUUCUGCAAUAAACAGGCCUUCCUUCCACACACCUGGGCUGCCAUAAAAUGGCCAUUUGUUUCACUGGUAAAUAACGAUAGUUAUAAAGGCAUGCUUAUUCUUGGAUCUGAAGCAGUAGUAGUAGUAGUGGUAGUAGUAAUAAUAAUAAUAAUAAUAAUAAUAAUAAUUUAUACCCCUUCCCCAUCUGGCUGAGCCUCCCCAGCCACUCUGUGCAGCUUCCAACAGAACAUUAAAAUACAAUAACUUAUUAAACAUUAAAAGCUUCCUUAAACAGGGCUGCCUUCAGAUGUCUUCUAAAAGUCUGGUAGUUGUUUUUCUCUUUGACAUUUGGUGGGAGGGCAUUCCACAGGGCGGGUGCCACUACUGAGAAGGCCCUCUGCCUGGUUCCUUGUAACUUGGCUUCUCGCAGUGAGGGAACCACCAGAAGGCCCUCGGAGCUGGACCUCAGUGUCCAGGCAUAACGAUGGGGGUGGAGACGCUCCUUCAGGUAUACUGGACCGAGGCCGUUUAGGUCUUUAAAGGUCAGCACGAACACUUUGAAUUGUGCUGAGAAACGUACUGCGAGCCAGUGUAGGUCUUUCAAGACUGGUGUUACAUGGUCUCGGCAGCCGCUCCCAGUCACCAGUCUAGCCGCCACAUUCUGGAUUAGUUGUAGUUUCCAGAUCACCUUCAAAGGUAGCCCCACAUAGAGCGCAUUGCAGUAGUCCAAGCGAGAGAUAACUAGAGCAUGCACCACUCUGGCGAGACAGGCUGCGGGCAGGCAGGGUCUCAGCCUGUGUACCAGAUGGAGCUGGUAGACAGCCGCCCUGGACACAGAAUUAACCUGCUCCUCCAUGAACAGCUGUGAGUCCAGAAUGACUCCCAGGCUGCGCACCUGGUCCUUCAGGGCCACAGUUACCCCAUUCAGGACCAGGGAGUCCUCCACACCCGCCCACCUCCUGUCUCCCAAAAACAGUACUUCUGUCUUGUCAGGAUUCAACCUCAAUCUGUUAGCCGCCAUCCAUCCUCCAACCGCCUCCAGAUAAUUCCUUGCAACCAGUUAUACAAACAGAAGCAGUGUACUUCCUUAGUCCACCUUCUAACUUAAAUUGCUUUGUGUCUUCUUCUUCUUCUUCUACUACUAAUUUAUUAUUUAUAUCCUGCCCAUCUGGCUGGUUUCCCCAGCCACUCUGGGCGGCUUCCUACUCAUGGCACCUUUGCAGUGUGGGGAGGACUGGAACAUAGUUACUCAGUGCUCCACAAUACUAAAGUAUUUGUUGAAGUGGUUCAAAGCGAAUUUGGCAGAGAAAAUUGGAUUGGGCUUCCAGCACAGGUCGGCAAGUUGUGUGUGUCAUAAGAUCGAUAGGUACACGGCUAAUGUAGUUGGCUAAUACUACGUCGCACAUUUUCUUUUCUUAAAAAGCCUGAAGUUCCAUUUAAAUCCUUGCUUCCUGGCAAGCAUUCCAAGUGUUCUGCCAGCCAAGCUUUUGACCAGCUGGUAAGAUUUGUUUUUGAUCAUUCAGAUAUUAGAAAGUCUUGUGUCUCUCACUGUUCAUUUCCCAGUUCCCUCCCCUCAUCUUAAAAGAUGCAAGUGAGGAAAAAGUAACAGCGAAGCUGGCUCUUUGUAAUCCACAAAUACUUGUAUCGGACUUAAACUCUGAAUGUUGAGAUUUCAAAACAGAAAGGGAUUUGUUUUAGACUUGGCAGAAAACAGAGGUCAGCAAUAUUUGGGGAGUAAAAAGGCUACAUUUGUUAUCUCUGUGCUACAGAAUUAGUUCUGCCUGUGCUGGCCUUGGCAUUAAGCUCCCUUCUGAGUUUACACAGUAGGGGAUGGCAGGAUUGCUCUUUAAAUUUGAGUAGGAACAUCGGAAGCUGUACAUAGGAGUCCAACCGGCGAUCUAUCUAGCUCAGUGUUAUCUCCCUAGGGUUUCAGACGGUGGUCUUUUCCCAGCCUUACCUGGGGAUUCUGGGAAUUGAACCUGGCACAUUCUGACACGCAGAGCAGAUGCUGUAUUACUGCCCUUCCUGUAGCACAGAAACAGCAAGGCAACAGUACCAAUAGCAUCAUGAUGCUAGUUUGAAGGAGCUUGUAUGCCAACGGCUUGCAAGACCUCAGUACCACUUCUGACGCCAACUUGGCAAGUUGGUCAAAGCAUCUACGUGCAGCCAGUCCACCAACAGAAUCCUUGGUCUUAGGUGCCCUUUAGAUGUCACUCCAGCUGUGUGUAAGCUACGUGCCAAUUCUGUGGAAAAGAUGGCCCGCCCCACAUAGUUGUAUCAUACAGACACAGCUGCAAGUUGCAGCAUGUCUCUGUUAAUAGGAAAGCAGCUCCAACGCUCUUGAAGAAGAAGAGUUUGGAUUUGAUAUCCCGCUUUAUCACUACCCUAAGGAGUCUCAAAGCAGCUAACAUUCUCCUUUCCCUUCCUCCCCCACAACAAACACUCUGUGAGGUGAGUGGGGCUGAGAGACUUCAGAGAAGUGUGACUGGCCCAAGGUCACCCAGCAGCUGCAUGUGGAGGAGUGGAGAUGCGAACCCGGUUCCCCAGAUUACGAGUCCACCGCUCUUAACCACUACACCACACUGGCUCUUGAGGCCCUGUCUAUCACAAAUGCGAUAUCGAAUGAACUGGGAAGGGGCAAUUCAUAGUGCAGACCGGGGGUCCUCAACCCUUCUAUCCCUAGGGCCAAGUUGAGAUGGCUGAAAAGACCCACAGCUCACAAAAUGGUCACAGUCACAGAAUACUGGCACGGAGGUAGAUUUUGGCAUAUUCAGUUGGCAGUUACUGACUUCACUUUCUACUGAUAUCUAAUCCACCUUUGGAAAUUUACUUUAAAAUUUGCCACAGUGUUUUCCUUACAGGCAAGGUGUUCCAUAGUGCAGCUUUCCUCAGGCUUAACUGCAGACAUUUGCCCUGGAGCUAAUGUGACUCAGACACUCCAUUUUAGUCAGACGCUGCUGAUCCAGAAACUAUAAGCAGAGAGAGCUUUUUCUUUUAUAUUUUCCCUUCCUCACAUGCUUCUUACCAAUCUCCUGUAAUUUCGUCUCCUGUUCUCCUUUCACACUCAGCUUGCACCUUAUCCCCACCCUCAAACUGCCAGAUUCUUUCAUUCCUCCUCCCCGUUCUUUUCACAUUCACUUAUUCCUCCUCUAGCACCCUUCUUCUCUUAUCUCCUUCCUUUCAAUUCCCAAUGUAUUUAUCAUUCUUGUUGUUGCUAGUAGUAUAAUAGUAAAAAUAACAAAUGGCCAUUUCAUCUCACUUGCCAGUUUCCUUCAACACCUCCACUGACCCUUUUCCCUCAGAGGAGGAACACCUUCCUUUCUGUCCUUCCUCCCUGAAUUUCUUUGCCUCCCAGACACCUUCACUCAGCAUGCGGGGGGUGGGGGGUGGGUUCUGGUGUUGGCAUUGGCCUGUCACCAUGUAAAUAUAUGGCAAAAAAUAAGAAAUGGGUCUCCAAACACAUGUUUGUCCUAGGUCUGAAAAGGUUGGAAAUAACCAGGUUUAAAUCAAUUUAUUUUUUGUAAAUUACGAACCACUCUUUCUUUUCAUAAACUGUCUCCCACUUUCGCUUGGUCUAUAGUCAGUUCCCAAAGAAACCAUUGGAACAAAUGCUAAUUUGAGAGUGGACCAAUCUAUCUCAUUCGCAUUUGUGUGUGUGUGUAUUCACAGUUUUAUUUUGUUGAUAUUUUACGGUUGAUGUGAACUUUUACGGUUGAUGUGAAGAACCCAGGCUGCAUUCACAUGGCAGUUUAUUCCAUUUUCAUGGUGUUUCCCUAACUGUAGGGACUCUAAUGGAAGAUAGGGCAAGUUUAGUGCUUAUUUUUUGCUUCCACAAAAUAAUGUUUGCAAAUAAUAUGGGAAUGAGUGCUAAUCUUGUACUUUAUUCCGCCAAGGUAACAGCUCUGUAGUUAACAACUGGAUGCAAACCGGUCUUUCUUGUUUUUGUAAAGUAAUAUGGAACUUUGGGGAUUCCUAGACGGGGGGUCAGCAACCUUUUUCAACCAUGGUCCGGUCCACCAUCCCUCAGACCAUGUCGUGAGCCGGACUAUAUUUUUGGGGGGGAAAUGAAUGAAUUCCUAUGCCCCACAAAUAACCCUGAGAUGCAUUUAAAAGGACACAUUCUACUCAUGUAAAAACACGCUGAUUCCCGGACCGUCUGCGGGCCGGAUUGAGAAGGCGAUUGGGCCGCAUCCGGCCCCCGGACCUUAGGUUGCCUACCCCUGUCCUAGACCUUUUCUGCCCCAUUCCUCUGUCCCUCUAACAAAGGGAGUCAGGGGUGUUCUAAGGAAACAUUUCCCUUGCUCUCAUCCAGUGCUAGACAUUUCAGAAUCCUACUAUAUUAGGGCAGCUUUGUCUUCAAGGGUGAUCAUAGGAGUUACAGGCAAGAAAGAAUUCCAUACAGGACGUUGGGCUGGCAGAGAAGAGAGGGAGCGCUUUCUCUAUUCCCAGCCUAGAAAUUUAGCAGGCUACUGCAGAAGAGAGCAGCAUCUAACUUGCCUCUUCUGCCAGCAGGCUAGUAAUUUCUGUGGACUUAUUUACAAGGCUGUGUUUGAGGCUGGUGGGUGGAGUCACUGCACAUAAGGCAUUCAAAGGUGCUGGAUUCUGUUGCUUUAGCAAUACAGUGGUACCUCGGGUUAAGUACUUAAUUCAUUCCGGAGGUCCGUUCUUAACCUGAAACUGUUCUUAACCUGAAGCACCACUUUAGCUAAUGGGGCCUCCUGCUGCCGCCACACUGCCGGAGCAUGAUUUCUGUUCUCAUCCUGAAGCAAAGUUCUUAAUCCGAUGUAUUAUUUCUGGGUUAGCGGAGUCUGUAACCUGAAGCGUAUGUAACCUGAAGCGUAUGUAACCCAAGGUACCACUGUAAAAAGGAAUGCAAUAUAAUGAAAUGAUGACAAUUAUUAAUACCGUUUUUUUUUAAAAAAAGCUGCAGUUGAUAAGACUUUCUGUACUGUCACACAAAACUUUAAUAAGGGGGACAGCAAUAGUUGGUACGUACUUCAGCACUUACAUCAGCUCACUGGUAUAUCACUCGCAACGUUUCUUUUGAAGUGGGUUAAAAAAAUUAAUCUCAUUCUGUCAUAAGAACUACUCGGUGAGGUUUUAAGCAAUUGUGCAAUUUCUGUUUCAGAGCCCAGAGACUGAAACUGAGAGAUGAUUGAAACUUGGCCUUGAUGUCAGUUGAGCUAAUAGUUAAAUGUAUGGGAAUAUGCUAUUAAGAAUGUACGGGUUUUGAAGCCAAGGUCACAAGACUUAAUUUUUUCUGUUUUAGUAGCUCCGUGAUGUUGUAAAAAAAAACACCACAACCAACUUAUUUGUUAGCUAUUUUAGCCCUGGCCCAUUCUCUUGACCUAAGUUUUACUACCUCAGAAUGAGGGCAUAUGUUUUCCCCUUCUCAAUUAAACUACACAUUUGGUUUGUGUUUGCUAAGCUUUUUCCUCCGACUGUAUCCCUGACAGUUUAACUCACCAAAUUAAUAGAUUUGCCUACCAAAAAAAAAAUAUUUACCGUUCUUCAGCUGUGGCAUAAUUAAGCGUGUCUCUCAUUGCAGGGCUCCAUGAUUCUCAAGAAGAAAUAUCAGAAUUGCUCAGUUGAGCUAGAGUUUACCAGGUUUUAUCCUAAGUGCCUCAUAUUUCGCAGGGAUAUUGACUUUUAGCAAUCAGAUAUGCCCAUUAAAUGCUGAAGGCCAAUGUGUGGGAUACAUUUCUAUAAUUGCAUAUAAUUACACACUCUGUCCUUGCGGAACUUUUUAUGAGAUGUACAUAAACAAGAAUAUUUCAAAAUUAUGAUGGGAAUCUGCCUUCCUUUUGAAAUGUGCCUGCUAUAGAAUCUUAAUUAUCUCAGCAAACAUUAAAUAAGCCAAAAAAUUACAGUCAGGUCGGAGCCAAACAGUACAAAUUGAGAGCAUUUGCAGAUGACUUAGUAUUGACGUUACAGGAGCCAGAAUCUAGUACCAAAAGAGUUUUAGAACUGAUUCAAGAAUUUGGUCAAGUUGCAGGAUUUAAGUUGAAUAAGUUAAAGACCAAGGUUUUAGAGAAAAAUUUAACACCAAUGGAGAGAGAGAGGUUUCAGAAUGAGACAGGUUUAACAGUGUUUAAGAAAGUUAAAUACUUGGGGAUUAACAUGACAGCAAAAAAUGGGAAUUUAUUUAAAGACAACUAUGAAAAAUGCUGGGCUGAAGUGAAAAAAGAUCUAGAAAUUUGGUCAAAUUUGAAGCUUUCACUGCUGGGCCGUAUUGCUGCGGUAAAAAUGAAUGUAUUGCCUAGAAUGUUGUUUUUGUUUCAAACAUUGCAAAUUGUGGACAAAAUGGACUGUUUCAAGAGGUGGCAGAGAGAUAUUUCUAAAUUUGUCUGGCAGGGCAAGAAGCCUAGAAUAAAAUUUAAAAUAUUAACAGAUGCAAAGGAAAGAGGUGGAUUUGCCCUGCCAGACUUUAAACUUUACUAUGAAUCAGCAGCUUUUGCUGGUUGAAAGAAUGGUUGCUUCUUGAAAACACUGACAUUUUGGAUCUAGAAGGUUUCAACAAUGUAUUUGGAUGGCAUGCAUAUCUGUGGUAUGAUAAGGUCAAAGCACAUAAAGCAUUUAAAAAUCAUAUUGUCAGGAAAGCAUUGUUUAAUGUCUGGAUAAGAUACAAGGACUUAUUGGAAAAUAAAACUCCAAGGUGGCUGUCACCGAUGGAAGCAAAAGCUCUGAAAAAGCUCAAUAUGGAGGCCAAAUGGCCGAAAUAUUGGGAAAUUUUGGAACAAGACGGAGAUAGACUGAAAUUGCAGAGUUUUGAGAAAUUAAAAACAAAGUGCGAGACUGGCUUCAUUAUUAUUAGAUAAUGGAGGCAUAUAAUUUGGAUAAGAAAAUUGGUUUCCAGGUGGAAAAAUCAAAAUUAGAAACAGAACUAUUAGAACCCAAAACUAAGAUUUUGUCAAAGAUGUAUAACUUGCUGUUGAAAUGGAAUACUCAGGAUGAAACGGUGAAAUCUGCUAUGAUUAAAUGGGCACAAGAUGUUGGACAUAACAUAAUGAUGGCUGACUGGGAACAGUUAUGGACCACAGGUAUGAAGUUUACGGCAUGUAAUGCCUUAAGAGAGAAUAUUAUGAAAAUGAUAUACAGGUGGUACAUGACCCCAGUCAAGCUUGCAAAAAUUUAUCAUUUGCCCGAUAACAAAUGUUGGAAAUGUAAAGAAACUGAAGGUACAUUCUUUCACCUUUGGUGGACGUGCCCAAGGAUUAAGGCUUUCUGGGAAAUGAUAUAUAAUGAACUGAAAAAGGUAUUUAAAUAUACCUUCUUGAAGAAACCAGAGGCCUUUCUCCUAGGCAUAGUUGGUCAAUUGGUGCCAAAGAAAGAUAGAACUUUUUUCAUGUAUGCCACAACAGCAGCAAGAAUACUCAUUGCAAAGUAUUUACCCACUCUGGAAGAAUGGCAGAUGAAGUUGAUGGACUAUAUGGAACUGGCAGAAAUGACUGGCAGAAUCCGAGACCAGGGAGAAGAGUCAGUGGAAGAAGAUUGGAAGAAGUUCAAAGAUUAUCUACAGAAAUAUUGUAAAAUUAAUGAAUGUUAGAACGAUGUUGGAUAGAAAUUAAGUGGUUUCUAGCUGUAAUGCUUUAAGGGAAUAUGAAAAAGGGGUUGUUAAGAGGUAAAAAUCUAACGUUACUAUUUUAAGACCAAAGAAUAGGAUAAAUAAAGAGGGUAAGGAUUUGCUGAACCAACAAACUGAACUGGAAUACAAAAAAGGGAGGUAUGAGGAGGUCCGGGAAACAAGCUAAAGAAAAAUAAGCAAUGGAAAAUCUGAGUGUUUUUAAUCAUUUUUAUUUUGUUUUUUUCCCUUUCAUUUUGUAUUGUAAUAUUUUUUAAAAAAUCCUAAUAAAUAUCUUAUAAAAAAAAAAAAAUUACAGUCAGCUGCCCAGUAUUUUAAGGGUGUUCUUUUUUAAAAACUGAUGUACUAUGUGGAUGCUGGGCUAAUUUAUAAUAAAGGCAAACCUCUGGGAUAGGGGGAGAAGAAAAAUCUUUAGCAGUUCCUGUUUGUAUUCCUUCAAAGCUCCACUGCAUCUUGACAGAGAUUUAUUUUUAAAAAACAACCUUCGGAAGAGCCACCUUUCAGUAUUACAACCUAUGGGAAAUUUGCAUAAUGUAAACCGGGAACAAUAAGAGCACAUGCAAAAGGUCUAGGCCUGGGUGAUGUAUCAGUAUAUCGCUUGAAACCAAAUUGCGAGAGUGGUUUUAGAAUUUCCAGUCAUGCAAUGUAUCGAGAAUCCCCAACACGUCGCAGUGCCCAUCUGGCAGCCUGCAAAGGCAGUUUGCGUCUCCUGAGCCUAAAAGUUCAGGCUAGCAUAGGGUUACCAGACGUCCCCGGUUCCUGGGGACAGUCCCCAGAUUUGCAAAUCUGUUCCCGGAAAAUGUGGUAGCGGCAGUCUCAGCAGCCCAGAGACAGCCUGGUAGCACGGUUUGCUCUGGCUAGCUUCAGGAGCUGCUUGCUGCCGUGGCACCCGCCAUUUUUCCUCACCGGAAGUCCCCAUAUGAUGUGUCUUCCGUGAUCUCCUGUCCCCUUUUCCCUUUGUUUUGACUGAUGGGGGAGGCUCGGGAGUGGCGACCGGCCAGCCGUUGCCCAGUUUUUUAAAAACUCUGUGCAUUUAUGUUUCACAGGCUGCGAAAGAAGGGCUUUGCUCCUUUAUACAAUAUGCAUGUAUGCUUGGGCCCAGGGUCUUUUGCCUCACCAUCCCCACUACUGACUCCUUGUUGCUACUCAGCUUUAAAAAAUAAUCUGGUAACCAUAGGCUAGCAGUGAGGUUCGGGCACCGUGUUUCUAUUUACCUGCCAGGGACAAAUACAAAGAGCACCAACCCGAGAAAUCUCCAGAGCGGAGGGCAGGAAGUGGCGCACUCACAGACGGAACUGUGGCUCUCGGUAGCUGCCGCUUGCAUGCUGAGAGAUUGUCGCGACGAGCCAUGGCUGGCUGUUUCAGGGAGGCCAGAGGCUCCACAGUGCCCUGCCAUGCAGUGCCCCGGCCAAUGCACUCUGCCAUGAUCUCUUAGAUGAUGCUCACGUUAGUCUGUCAUAGUUUGUAUGUUAAUUAUGCCUGUUGAAGGAUAGGGUAGAUAUUCCUACUGUAGAGAAAUAACUGGCUUGCGGGUCAGGCUAGCAGCCAUCUUGAAAUCUAGUACUGAAUAUUGUAUGCCUUUAAGUGAGGGGUAGCCAAAGUGGAGCCCUCCCAAUGUUAGUGGACUUUGUUGUUGUUUAGUCAUUUAGUCGUGUCCGACUCUUCGUGACCCCAUGGACCAGAGCACGCCAGGCACUCCUGUCUUCCACUGCCUCCUGCAGUUUGGUCAAACUCAUGCUGGUAGCUUCAAGAACACUGUCCAACCAUCUCGUCCUCUGUCGUGCCUUUCUCCUUGUGCCCUCCAUCUUUCGCAGCAUCAGGGUCUUUUCCAGGGAGUCUUCUCUUCUCAUGAGGUGGCCAAAGUAUUGGAGUCUCAGCUUCAGGAUCUGUCCUUCCAGUGAGCACUCAGGGCUGAUUUCCUUCAGAAUGGAUAGGUUUGAUCUUCUUGCAGUCCACGGGACUCUCAAGAGUCUCCUCCAGCACCAUAAUUAAAAAGCAUCAACUCCCAUUAUGCCAUACUCCCUUGGCAAUGCUAUGAUGAUGAUGAUGAUCUUAUUAUGUGUACCCUGCCCAUCUGGCUGGGUUUCCCCAGCCACUCUGGGUGGCUCCCAACAGAAUUAAAAGCACAAUAAAACAUCAGACAUGAAAAACUUCCCUAAACAGGGUUGCCUUCCGAUGUCUUCUAAAAGUCAGAUAGUUGUUUAUUUCCUUGACAUCUGAUGGGAGGGCGUUCCACAGGGUGGGCACCACUACCGAGAAGGCCCUGCAGGUUGAGACUGAUGGGAGCUGUAGUCUGGAGCGCAUCAUAUUGACUGUCUCUGUUCUCUAUUAAGGUGCAUAUUUCAAGUCCUCGUUCAUAUUUAAACUCACUUUUGUAUUUCUCCCUAUCCAGGUGGCAUCCCUUGGAGUAACUACCUUCACGUUAUGUGCCCUCUGCAUAGACCGUUUCCGUGCUGCCACGAACGUGCAGAUGUAUUACGAGAUGAUUGAAAACUGUACGUCGACAACCGCCAAGCUGGCUGUUAUAUGGGUUGGGGCUCUGUUGCUGGCGCUCCCUGAGGUGGUUCUGCGCCAAUUGACUAAGGAAAACUCGGAAGCCAGUGGGAGCCCUCCCGUGGAAAGGUGCGUGGUGAAGAUCUCUCCCCACUUGCCUGACACCAUCUACGUUUUAGCCCUCACGUACGACGGCGCGAGGCUCUGGUGGUAUUUUGGCUGUUAUUUCUGCUUGCCUACGCUCUUCACCAUUACUUGCUCUUUGGUUACGGCAAGGAAAAUCCGAAAGGUGGAGAAGGCCUGUACGAGGGGAAACAAGCGACAAAUUCAGCUGGAAAGCCAGAUGAACUGCACAGUCGUGGCUCUGACCAUUUUAUACGGUUUCUGCAUCAUUCCUGAAAACAUCUGCAAUAUUGUCACCGCCUACAUGUCCACGGGGGUUUCUCAGCAGACUAUGGACCUCCUGCACCUUAUUAGCCAGUUUCUGUUGUUCUUCAAAUCCUGUGUGACUCCGGUUCUCCUUUUCUGUCUUUGUAAACCAUUCAGCCGAGCCUUUAUGGAGUGUUGCUGUUGCUGCUGUGACGAGUGCAUCCAGAAAUCCUCCACCGUGACAAGUGAUGAUAAUGACAAUGAAUAUACAACAGAGCUUGAACUCUCCCCUUUCAGUACUAUACGUCGUGAGAUGUCCACAUUUGCCUCUGUUGGGACUCACUGUUAGCUCACCCUUUUGAUCAACACGCAGGUCCAGCUUGCAAAAAUCUGUCGGGGUUGUUCUGUCGACUUCAGUGGGAUCCUGGGUUUUGCCAUUUGAUUUGAUUUCAACAUAGUUUAUGUUGAGAGACGAGAAGCAAAUGGAAGUCCUGUAAGGCCAACUGUAAACUGGUUUGCAUAUUAACAUAUUUGCUUUGAGAAAUAAGUUUUAGUCACUAAAAACAAAGACGUACUGCCAAUGUGGAGUUAUAAAUCAUUUCAUAUAUGGUGCUAGCGCUCUGUGUCUGAAGGGAAGGCAGAAGCCAAUCCUAUGUAUCAUUUAAUUUAAUUUUCUGCUAGAUAUUAUUUUGGCUGCUAAAACAAAAAAACUACAUUGAGAAUGAUCCAGUUUAUGGUAAGCGUUUCUGAUAUCCCAGGGAAUGGCGCAUGAAGCCAUCACCUUGGUGAAGCUAUGGAGGUCUGAUUCUAGUCAGUUCCUGGAUGGGUGGCCGUGUGGGAGCCAUACUUACGUUGCCUUCAGUUCCAUGUUGGAAGAAAGAUGGGAAAUAAAUGAAGGAGAGGAAGAAAUAAUGCUUGAAUCCUAAUCACAGUUAACCUAAGAACCUUCACUGAACACAGUGAAGUUGCUUGUGAGUAAAUGUCCAUAUGAUUCUGCAGUUGUGCCAUCGGUUCCCCUGUAGCAAUUAGUGGUCGACAAAUACUAAUAAUCCCAUUGAUUUCAGUGGGAGAAAAUGAAGCAUAUUCUUAAAUCUCCUUCAGGACUUGAAAUUGUUUAAUGUAGGCUGAACCAGGCACAUUGUUUUCCCUAUUCUCCCCCCCAACCCCCCCAAGUUUUAUGGAAAUAUAUGGUUUGCAGUAUUUAAGAAUAGUUUUAAGACACUAAUUGGUUAUUUUAAAAAUAGUAUAAAAUACUUGAGUUUCCUACUUUGCUGAGCAGCUUUUUAACGGCUCUACCAAAUUAUUUCCACAAUGAGGAAAGCCGUCAUUUGUUUCUUUGCAUUAACUACAAAACUGAAUGAGUCAUAAUUGCAUAGCACUCUUGGCGAUAACUUGUCUUGAUAGCAGAAGGCUGAUUCUUUCUUCCUAUAUGAGUAGCAAUUGUUUAUUUUUAUUUUUAAACAGCACUAGUGCAGACUAUAUUUACAAAUGUAUGCCUGGCUUCUUGGUGCCUGCCCUUCUUUGGAUACCUCUAGUUGCACAUUAUUGCACUGAAUUGGAAGUCAAGAGAUAUCUGCACAGUGGCUUCCCAAUCUUGUAUAUCUAAAGGAAAUAACCUGCGUUAUUAAAACAAAUCCCAUAAUUUUUCAAUGUACAAUAAACAGUCAGAAGAUUUGAUAUUUCUACAAUGGGUAUUUCCUUUCUAACACAUAGAUGUAGGCUAAGUUAUUAUGUUCUGUUCAAUCCAUGGAAUUUCCACUCACGUCAGGGUGUAUUGCCUGUAAUUCCAUUAUUUUCUUUUUACAGUGUUUUUUUGUUUUUUACACUAAGGGUAUGUCCUCAGUCUGUGCGUAUAAUUCCUGCUGUAAGUGAUGGUGCUGUUGUAGGGGGUGCGAUGUAAGAAUUUGCUACAGAAUUAGUGACAAUAAAUUUGAAGGCUUGCAA